UCUCCACCUUUAAUCGGGUCCACACCAGUCUGACCAGCGACACCGGCCAUUCCAAGUCAAGGCACCGCCCUGUACUUCUGCCGCUCUUCUACACCUGCUCUUUUGCGCCUGUAGCUGCAGUUGCAGCUCAACUGAACGAAUUGGGUUUCCAGCUCGGUGCCUUCCCGUGCAAUCAAACCUCAACCUUUAUGAACCCGAUUUGCCGGCCAUGGCGCAACCGCCCUACCCCCUCCACGAAACGGUCCUCGACCGGAUCAAUGCCGAAUACGCCGCUUUCUACAACCAGCACAUAUUCGACAAGCAGCAAGUCCACCUGCAGCCCAUCGAGGCGUCAAGGUCGAGCGGUGUCCUCAUCCCCGGUGCCGGCCCGAUCCAGUCGGUCGCCAGCACGGUCGAUUACUCCGUCCCCAGGGUGGAGAGUGAAGGCCCGGAUGUCAGAGUGCGCUGUUUCACGCCGAAUGGGACGAAGCCGGAAGCCGGCUGGCCCAUCUGCAUCUACUACCACGGGGGAGGCUGGGUGCUUGGAACAAUCGACACUGAGAAUGUCAUCGCGUCCCAUCUGUGCGCCCGCGGCAAAUCCGUCGUUGUGGCCGUAGAUUACAGACUGGCUCCCGAGGACCCAUUCCCCGCCGCCGUGCACGACGCGUGGGAGGCAGUUCUCUGGGUGCUCGGGGAAGGAAAGAAGGUCCUCGACUUGGACACCACCAAGCUGGCGACCGGUGGCUCAUCGGCGGGUGCCAAUCUCACCGCCAUCAUGUGCCAGAGAGCCGCGGCAAGAGGAGGCCCCCAAUUCUUGUUGCAGCUGCUCUCCGUGCCUGUCAUGGACAACACCGCCGACAUCACCAACAACCCGUCUUGGAAGGAAAACCAACACUCCCCCGCGCUCCCUGCGGCUAAAAUGCUCUGGUAUCGGCACCACUACUUGCCCAACCAGGAGGACUGGGCUCACCCAGAAGCCAGCCCACUCCUUUGGGCCGGAGACUGGUCCCUGUUACCGCCGGCGUGCAUGGUGCUUGGGGAGCUAGACGUCCUCCGCUCUGAGGGUCAGCAGUUUGGCAAGAAGCUUCAGGAUGCCGGGGUUAGGGCGGAUAUCAACAUCAUGGGGGGUCAGCCUCAUCCCUUCAUUGCCAUGGAUGCCGUCUUGGAGGCGGGUUCUCGGGCCAUUACAUUGUUUUGCGAUGCAUUGUCUGAAACGAUGUAUCCUCUGAGCAACUAGCGACGCUUUAGCUCCUCUUGGGGAUAUCGAAGUGGACAAUAUUGUCUCUUAUAGAAGUCACGUUCAAUAUAAAGGGGUAAGGUCACAUGGCACGGUCCACCCCUUAAUUACCACUUUUCAGAGCCCACAGCCCAUUUCUCUUUGCUCAGCAUUCGACUCCCGGUAAUCCAUGCGCAAACCGCAAGCUAGAUAAUCUCAUUACUGCAUGGCUCUAAUUUGCUCCAAGACCUUGCUGCGAAGCGUCUGAAGAAAAUAUGGAAAUCGAACACUCCAA